AUGGACAGUUCGAAAGGUAUCAUCCCUCCUGAGUCUGAAGCGCCUGAAGCCUGCGAUAAUGGUCAGGGGGCACCCUUGAAUAGCCGAGAUUUUGACCUAUGGUCAUCAGAGGAUUUCAUAAGAGCCAUCGAUAAUCUUUAUGAUCAAAAAGGUGACGUUUACAACAUAGAUUUGUUACUAGCAAGAGUAUUAAAUGAUCAACAGAAGGCCCAUGCGUACUUGAGAGCUAAAGCACAUGCAGAUAUACCCAAAACCUUGCAGGUGAUGUCGAGGUUAGGGCCCAGCGCCAUCAACCAUUUAAUGAUCCUUUACGACACAAAACCGGAGGCGCUUAAUCUCCUCAAGACACUCAGCCUUAUAUUGACGCCGAGUAAUACAUGCAUAGGUGAGAAGCAGUCUAUGAGUGAAGUAAACGAUGAAGUUUGCCAGCAUGCCCCCUUCAUUGAUUACUACUUGACAGUUGCAGCACUUCUUUUGCAGAGAUACGAUUUUGAUUUCCACGACUUCGAGCCAUUGUUAACAAUAAUAGUGCAUCAACGCCGUGCACCAAGCCUUCUUCCUCCUCUACAUGCCAAGUACGGGGUUCAGCUGGAAAAGUUUCUGUCAACCCUUAUCGAUUCUCUAUUGAAGAACGCCUAUUUGGACGCCCGUCAGUUGCUUUCUGUGAUCAACAUUCUACAGGGACUUUACUUAUCUGCAGCCACAUUUUGCACUGACGUGUUUGUUAGUGGGCAAUUUCAAUCAACAGCCUUGAGGCACUUUUUUGAUAACGACGAAGUGACAUUGGCGAUUUUAACUCUCAUGGGAACGGCCUGCCUUGAUGAGAUUGCCAAAAAGUACAUCGCAGAAAAUUGUGCAGAUGAGCUUCGAAGAAGCCUCACCGUCGACAACCUGGAGUGCAAAGCCGCGACCACUUUAGUCAUGCUCAAGGCGCUGGAUUUCGCAAAAUUAAAGGGCCCUGCAGCAGUCGAUAUGGCCGGUGCCCUUGCACAAGGGUUUGGUCGAAAUGGCGGUAUAACUUAUGAUGGAUUGGCUAUCGAAGGGCUGGCAUAUUUAAGCUUAAAAAUGCCGGUAAAAACUUAUUUGUCGUGUGAGCCACGCUUACUCAAUCAACUUGUUGCAUACCUCAAAAUGGAGGAGGUUCCAUCUUCAAUGUAUUAUGGUGUAUUAGUGAUUUUUGGCAACGUAUCAGAUUCUUUGAGUCUGCAGACGAGGGAGCAAGCCAUGAUGCAAAAGCUGAAGGCUCAAGUGAGCUACAAGUCAGCCGACGAAAAAGAUAACAUAGGUUCCUGGAAUGGUAAAACUGUGGCUGAAUUCUGUUCAGAGUGGAUUAUUGAUAAGGGUCUUAUUGGCGUGGUAAUCGUACAUGUCAAAAAGUUCGGCGUCCAAACCAUGGGUCCGCGGCUGCAGCUCUUGAGAAUCAUAUACAAUGUUACCAGGGAAAGAGGAGCCGUUUCCUCAAGUGUAAAGCAAGGCUGUGUUGUUUUCUUGUUGGAAUCAUUGGCGAUUUCGAGUCUUCCGGCAGAAUUAAGGAUUAUGGCCUUGAGGUCUUUGGCGAGGAUUUUAACAGUGAUGGACCCUAGUCUAGUGUUUCAAAAGUACUCCGCACUCAACGCUCUACCACUCCUAUUUGAAAUGGUUCCACAUCCCGAUAGCACAGGCAGCGAAGUUGUGGAAAAGAUGGACACAUACGAAUCAUUGUUAGCCCUCACAAACUUAGCAACAUUAGCAGAGAGUGAUACCAUAUGCCACAAAAUAUCCACAACACCAGAAUACUGGAUUAAGAUUGAAAAUUUGUUGUUAGACCCUGUAGUAAGUUUGCAGCGGUCAACAAUCGAACUGCUUUCCAAUUUCAUGGCUACAUCCUUGCACCUUGCUGCCAAGUUCUUCAACUUCGACAAUCCCAAGAGUGUGCGCAAUUUUGGCGUGCUUGUAAAGCUUCUAGACUUGGAUGAUCGUCAGUCACAGCUGGGUGUAGCAGCUAUAUUCGCUAAUAUAGCUUGUUCAGUUCCGUUCAUUGCUCAGGAGUUAGCUCAGCAGCCUGAAUUGGUCCAAAAUGCACUCCGCGUGUUUUCUGAGCAGUGUGAGGACCGUGAAUUGAGGCGUCGAUUAAUUGUCCUUUUCGAUGCACUGGUGUCCUCGAAUCCAAGCUCUAUUGCCCUGGCAGGCAAUAAACAAAUGCUGUUUAGUUCCCUCGAACGUGCUAGGAAAUUUGAAGCCGGGACUUCGUCAGAUUAUUUGGUCGCAAUUGAUAACAUGCUGGCCGUAAAACUGUAA